AUGCCUGAAUUCAUAUCCCUCCAUGGAAGUCAACCCUAUAUCAUUCCUAAGAGAAUAAGUCAGGAUGUAGUCGAGUCAUUCUUUUCGAUGCAGAGGCAGGCAUGCGAUGGUACAAACAACAUGACCGCGUACAUUUAUGGCUACAAUGUCAAUAGUAUGAUAAGUUGUUCUGAAGCUAAGCGCCUGUUAAAGAAACAGACUAAUACUUAUGAUGUUGAAUUUCGUGAAGGGCAGAAGUGUAAAGAUAGUAUUCCUAAGAGGAGCAAUGUCCACGGCAUUUUUUUCAGUAACAUGUGGCCAGUGCAUCUUUAA